CUGCUCCCGUACCCCCGACACAGGGUCCGGGGGGGACCCUGGGGUGCUCGGAGAAGGAGGCAAGAGGGUGCGGCAGCAUAUGACAUCACGUCAUGGUUCACAUCGGGCUGGUGGUCCCCAUCAGGGAGGCUGCCUCGGUUUCCCCUGUGCACGGGCAAGGGGAAGAGAGCAAGAGGAAGGUUUCACUUGCCCUCCCACCAUGGCAUCUCCAGAUGGAGCCAUCGGUGUGGGUGGCAGUCCUGAGGAGACAGAGCUCAGCAUCACCCUGACCCUACGCAUGCUCAUGCAUGGCAAGGAGAUUGGCAGCAUCAUUGGCAAGAAAGGAGAGACUGUUAAGAGGAUACGAGAGCAGAGCAGUGCGCGCAUCACCAUCUCAGAGGGGUCCUGCCCCGAGCGCAUCACCACCAUCACCGGCUCCACCGAUGCCGUCUUCCGCGCCGUCUCCAUGAUUGCAUUCAAGCUGGAGGAGGACCUGGGAGCAGGGAGUGAUGGGGCAUCAGCGGGCAGAGCGCCAGUGACUCUGCGCCUCGUCAUCCCGGCCAGCCAGUGCGGCUCGCUCAUCGGCAAGGCGGGAGCUAAGAUCCGGGAGAUUCGGGAGAGCACAGGGGCACAGGUGCAGGUGGCCGGUGACCUGCUGCCCAACUCCACAGAACGGGCUGUCACUGUCUCGGGGGUGCCAGACACCAUCAUCCAGUGUGUGAGGCAGAUCUGCGCUGUCAUCCUGGAGUCGCCUCCGAAGGGGGCCACCAUCCCCUACCACCCUGGCCUCUCCCUGGGCACCAUCCUGCUCUCUGCCAACCAGGGCUUCUCCAUGCAGGGCCAGUACAGUGGGGUCUCUCCUGCAGAGAUGACGAAGCUGCAGCAGCUGUCAGGGCACACGUUUCCCUUUGGCCCCCUGGGCCACCCACCCUCCAUGAUGCCAGGCCUGGACCCCAGCUCUCAGAGCAGCUCCCAGGAGUUCCUGGUGCCCAAUGACCUCAUCGGCUGCAUCAUCGGCCGGCACGGCAGCAAGAUCAGCGAGAUCCGGCAGAUGUCAGGUGCCCACAUCAAGAUCGGGAACCAGACCGAGGGCUCCAGUGAGCGGCACGUGACCAUCACAGGGUCCCCUGUCAGCAUUACCCUGGCUCAGUACCUCAUCACAUCCUGCUUAGAGACGGCCAAAUCUACCUCCCAGGUGCCACCAGGCCCUGGCUCCAUGGACCUCGGCAUGGGCUUCUCCCAGCCCCUCACCCCAGGCUCCAGUGCAGCGCUUCCCGCCGUCGCCCCGGCACCCCCAGCCCUGCUAGGCACCCCCUACACCAUCUCACUCUCCAACUUCAUCGGCCUGAAGCCGGUGUCCUUCCUGGCACUGUCUCCAUCCUCCAUGGCAGGUCCCAAUGGCGGCACUGCCACCUACACGACCAAGAUCUCAGCGGCCAACGGCACUAAGAAAGCUGACCGGCAGAAAUUCUCACCCUACUGAGCCCCACCAGUGGGUGGGCAAGGGGGCCCAGGGUGCCACUUGGUGCUGGGGACACCUCUCUGCUGCCCACCCUGUCCCUUAACCCCUGCCAGGUGCCCCAUGCCCAGGGAGGGCCCCACUUGCCCCCCACCCCAGAGAAGGGUCUUCCCAGUGGUGGUGCCCACUGGAAGAAAAGGCUGCUCUGCUGCCUGCUGCCCAUCCCGGCAGUGCUGUGUCCCACUCCCCAAUUUUCCCACAUGGGGACCACAUGCUCUGGUAUUUUGCGUGGGGACUGUCCCUGCUGGCCUGGUGUCCCUUCUCCUAGAUCCCUGUGCCGGGGUGGAACCCCCACUUCCUGCCCCUCUCUCCCUGCCCACCCUGCUGUCCCGCUCCUGCCCACCCUCCAGUUGGCACCCAAAAGGAGGGUCCCACCAGAUGAGGGGCUUCCUGGACUCUCCCAGGGUCCCUUGUCCCCUGGCUCUGGUGGGGGGCCCUUCCCAGGGCAAUCACCUCCCAGCAACCCCACCCAGGAGCCGGUCCCUGCUGGCUUGGAAAUGCUGUAUAUAUAAGUCUAUAUUUUUUCCUCCUUUGUAACUUAUC